AUGCUUACGGACCCCAGGACUCUGCUCAGUCCUCCAUCAGUGACACCAGAAACGGCAUACCAGAAUAUCCUCAAGACUGUGACCUCAAAUGGGUUUCUGUCCAAGCCUGGGGCGUAUGCUUCUGUGGAAAUGAAUUUGGCUCUUCACGCGUCGACCCCUACCAUCGAAGCGUUUUACCAGUUCUAUACGGAUCGCCAUGCACAACGACUCAACUCUUCGCAUGAAGGACACUGUGGAUCAUGGGUGGAUUGGUAUGGGCAUGUAAUAUGUGAUGCAGAAACCCUCGCACAUGCGGUGGACGCGGAAAUGGCUGGGCAGGCAGGCACUGACGAAGCCCAUGCGCGUCCGACGCUUAUGCCGUUUGAUCACAUUCAACCGCUCCCGACACGGAACUUGGAUGCACCCCCUCGAACAGCGGUAUUAUAUGCUUCGAUAUCAUCGGAUAAUUUCCGAGAGUUGCAUACAUAUCUAUACAAAGCAUCGAGCGGUCCUUCUCCCCACAUUGAGUAUGUUUUCCGGCCACUUCCACCCAAGGAUCACGACGCAUCCCAGAAGGUGUAUCUCUCUGGCUAUGGCGUUGCACUCGAUUUGAAGAAGAUGGACUAUCUGGCAUUAGACGACCGUAAAAAGGGAACUGACAGUGAGGAAGCGGCACAAGAAGAAUCAUUCUCGUCAUAUUCGAAUGCAGAUCCAAUCAUGGCACUGUUACAGCAAUAUCCCGAGAACUCGACGUUAGACACUGGUAGUCCUCUUACGGACGAAGAGCUGCUUGAUAUAGGUCUUCAAGCGACACAGCUGGUUCACGACGCUGAUGAACCCUUAGUUGUGCUCAAGCAAUUGGUACAAGAUUUUCCUAAAUAUGCCACCGCUCUGUCGCGACGGGUAGUAAUUGAAUCGGGCUUGUUAGAAGAAGUCGAGGAUAAUCAGAUCACGAUUCCCGGUGGAACGAGCGUAGUUUGGCUCAACGGGCACUCUAUCUCGGAAAAGGACAUGAACCCAUUUGCGUUAUUAAGACUCCUCCGCAAGGAGCGCGCCACGAUGCUAUCUCUGACCUCCUUGGGACUCACUCCCAGCCAGGCGGUGGAAUUAUUGACACAUCCGUCCAUCAGUGCUGCGCAAAGUGAAUCGGGGGUUCUCGAUGGCAUCUUCGAUGCCAGUGAUCGUCUUGAAGGGGGUGGAGCCAUCGUCUGGAUGAAUAAUAUAGAGAAAGACUCCCGGUACCUGCGGUGGGGGAAGUCUCUUAGUUUGUUUAUGAGACCCAUGUACCCUGGUCAAUUCCCUAGUUUACGUGCGAACAUUUUCAAUGUUGUCCUCGUUGUCGACCUCUCUCAGACAAGCAAUAUCCAAUUCCUUGCUGUUACGGUUUCGAAUAUCAUAAAUCGUAGCUUUCCAUUCCGAUGGGGUAUCGUUCCGAUUGUGGAAACAGAGGAAGGGACACGAAUGGCACGACUAUUCCACUUCCUGAUAACUCAUUUUGGCAGGAAGAGAACAGUCGAGUUCCUCCAGCAUAUAUCGCAGGCCGAUAGAUCUAUGGAGUCUACGACAAUUACUGUAGAUUGGAACCUAGUUCGAAGCGCAUACCGCACGUUGCUGGCUAGUAGCGACCCUCUGGAAGGCGUUCCAACUGAUUUGGACGACAUCUUAGCCGGGGUCACCGAGGGCUUCCGCGUUGAUUUGGAGAAAACACGUUCGUAUGCUAACCGGUUAGGUGCGAAUUUGUCGCCUGGGGUGCAAGGGCAUGCAUUUGUCAAUGGUAAACAUUUUAAAUUGGACGAUAUGUUUUUACGAAUGAUGCAAAUGGAGUUUGGAGAGGAGCUCGACUAUUUCCGAGAACAGCUUAUGUCUGGACAAAUAAGCGAUAGUGCUCUUUCGAGCAUUUCAACAUAUUUUUAUGAUCUGCCUGGCGCUGCUAAGAGGCGAAAUGUCUAUAUUUACCCUUCCAGCAACGUUGGUGAUCUGCGCAUAUUCAGUCUCCCGGCUCUAGUUGGGGAGAGUGGCUUCCCUGUCUGGCCUGGAUCAUUCCUUUAUCCACCCGAGCUUCAGCAAGUUUCGCUCACAACGUAUGUGGUUGCCGACUUUGACAGCGAAACAGGCUUGUUAUUCAUGAAAGAAGCCCUCGGCGCUCUGGCUGCGGGUUAUAACUCAAGGAUAUCAUUCAUUCACAAUCCAACUCAUAUAACUAGCUCGAGUUCAAAGCGACCACAGAUCUCGUCUCUACUCGCACAUCUGAUCGUGAAAGAUAUCCUUCAUCAGGUCUCCCCAUCCCGCCUUCUCAACGUCCUGGGUCUGGGCGAAGUUGUUGCACCAAAUCAUAAUCCGCAAGUUGUGGUCUCCUCUGAAGAUAGUCUCAACGAUAUAUUGGGCGGAACGGUAUUGGAAGACGCGGAGUAUGAUAAUUACGUGAAAGCAAGCCUGUUGAUUAGCCGGGACUUGAGCCUGGCUCACGGCGAUCAGGCGUUAAUUGUCAAUGGACGGAUCCUCGGACCAAUCCAGCCGGGAUCAUUCUCAGCAGAUGAUUUUCCGACGCUUUCAGCCUAUGAAUCGCGGAAACGCGUGGAGCCUGUAAUAGGGGCUCUAGAAAGUAUUUUGGGCUCGUUCGAGGGGCUCAACCGCGAAUCAUACGCCGAUCUCACGUCGCUGGUGUCUUCUAUCACCUCCGCUAUCCAACUGCCUGAUCCGAGCGAACUUGGUUUAUUCAACCAACCUUACAGGCCCCGUGAGCGCCCAUAUGCGCACCUAUCCGGAGAUUACACUGCGUUCUCGUUUGGAGACAACAGUACCGCUCUAUUCCAAUUCGGCAUCGUUCUUAGCCCACUCAGCGAGGCGGCACAGAAGUGGACUAGCCUUAUGGAGUGGCUUCUGACCAUCCCCGAUGUUUCCAUCGAUCUGCACAUCAACCCGGCGAGGUAUCGUGAGUUGCCGCUAAAGAGAUUCUAUCGCUACAAUCUCAGUCCACGGCUUGAAUUCGAUGGAAAUGGAGAGGAAAUACACGCAUCCGCUGAAUUUUUAGGACUGCCCGUCGACCCCAUCUAUACACUCGCAAUGGAUGUGCCGCAAUCGUGGCUCGCUAGGCCGCGUGAGGCCUUACACGACCUAGAUAACCUUUUGCUCCGUGGACUGUCUUCUCAUGAGCGCAAGCAAGGCAUCCAAGCAGUCUUUGAUCUCGAUUAUCUGGUAGUGGAAGGGCAUGCACGCGAUACAUUUACCAACGCCCCUCCGCGUGGCGUCCAGCUGCAACUUGCGACGAACGCUGGUGUACCCAUUGCAGAUACACAGGUCGUGGCGAACCUGGGUUAUCUACAGUUCCGAGCCAAGCCUGGGGUUUUUCACCUAGCGAUUCGUCCUGGAAGAGGUCGUCAGAUUUUCAAGAUGGAGAGUGUCGGAAAUGAAGGCUGGACGAGUUCUGGCGUGGAUGAAGUUGGCGACGAGAUCACACUGACCAGCUUCGAGGGACUAGUACUUUAUCCACGACUGAUGAGACUGCCUGGAAUGGGCCGUGUGGAUGUUCUCGCGGAACCUGCUUUUUCUGAUCACAGCUCUAAGGGCCUAUUGGAGAAUGCAGUGUCUUGGGUGUCACAGCUUUUCUCAAACAAACACACCACCGAACUGGCAUUGAGUAGCCGGCAAGCCGAAAUCAACAUCUUCACCGUCGCGUCAGGAUUGCUUUACGAGCGCUUCGCCUCCAUCAUGAUUCUCAGUGUACUCCGGAAUACCAAGAGUAGUGUGAAAUUCUGGUUCAUUGAGAAUUUCCUCUCUCCGUCCUUCCUUGAAUUUAUCCCCCAUUUUGCCAAAGCAUAUGGUUUCCAGUACGAGCUAGUCACAUACAAAUGGCCGUCGUGGCUCAGGGCCCAAAAGGAGAAACAGCGGAUCAUCUGGGCUUACAAAAUCCUCUUCCUAGACGUGCUCUUCCCGAUGGAUUUAAAGAAGGUCAUUUUCGUUGACGCGGACCAAAUUGUGCGAACCGACUUAAAAGAGCUCGUUGACCUUGAUCUCCACGGUGCACCUUACGGAUAUACUCCAAUGGGAGACGACAAUGUUGAGAUGGAGGGUUUCCGAUUUUGGAAGACUGGCUACUGGAAGGAGUUCUUGCGCGGGAUGCCGUAUCACAUCAGCGCUUUAUACGUGGUGGAUCUGGUGCGAUUCCGUCAGAUGGCCGCUGGUGACAUCCUUCGAAGCCAUUAUCAACAACUGUCUGCUGAUCCCAAUUCACUCGCAAACCUGGACCAAGACUUGCCCAAUAACUUGCAGCGUGACGUUCCAAUUUUCUCGUUACCAGAGGAUUGGCUAUGGUGUGAAACUUGGUGUAGCAAAGAUCGACUGCACCGCGCCAAGACAAUUGACUUGUGCCAGAAUCCACUCACAAAAGAGCCCAAGCUCUCUCGCGCGCGCCAGAUUCCAGAAUGGGAAGAGUACGAUGGCGAAAUUGCACAGUUCGCUCGAAAACUGGCGGAGGAAGGCAAGAUGCGCUCAGAGAUCGUCGCGGCGGACGUCAAUGUCCUCGCCGAUGUUGGUUCUGGCCGAGUGUCUUCUACUGUAGGAGACGUAGGCCAGACAGAGAACAACCCAGGCGACGAGAAUCAACAUAAUCUUGGCACACAUGGAGUUCCUAAAUUAUAUUAG